AUGUCUACAAAACGGUUUAUUAUUUUUUUUGUGGUGGCCUUCGCGUGCCUCGUAUCCAUUGAAGCGGGUCGCGGGGGUUUUCGAAGUGGGGGUUUCCGAUCUAGUGGUUCAAGAGUUUCUUCUGGUAGUUGGGGAUCUAGAUCAAGCUCUUCUAAUUGGAAUACCUAUUCUUCGUCAAGAAGGGCCACACCUGGCCCAUCUUAUUCGAGUAAUUCAAGAAAUGUUGCUACUCCUGUAAGAAGUUAUGCAUCGCCCACAAAAAGUUCUUAUGUGCCUACUCAAAGAUCAAAUUUUCAACCAACAACGCCGAGAUAUGUUGUGCAAACUCGUGCGCCUGUCUAUCAAUAUUCAACACAACGUAUUCAGCCUGUACAGAGUUAUCCAUCUCAAAAUUAUCCAUCGCAAAAUCGAGGAUCGUCUAAUCCUUCGUAUCGAAGCCCAACUAGAACUACACCAAGAACUACUUACAACAACUUAAAUUAUAAUAAUAAUUAUAAUUAUCAACACGGUUAUGGAGGUGGAUAUGGAGGCGGAUAUGGAGGCGGAUAUGGAGGUCGCCCUAAUUAUUAUAAUUCCUAUAAUAGUUAUUCACCAUACUACACGCCAUCAUAUUCGAAAUAUCCGAAUUUAUAUCAACCAGUUGGAAAGUACAAAGAUCAUAGUGUAAGGAAUUCUGUUAUCGCUGGAUUAGGAGGUUCAGCUUUAGGAAUGUACCUUGGUUAUAAAUUGGGAAGUUAUACAAGUGGAUUAAAUCAACCAAUUGGAGGAUAUAAUUCGGGUUAUAAUAAUGCUGGAUAUAACAAUCCUGGUUAUAAUAAUCCAGGUUAUAAUAAUGGAGGAUCUGGAUUUGGAACUGGUUUUCCACAAUAUUCAGUAGUUCAUCAUUACCAUCAUGGAGAAAAACCAAUUCCUCAAACAAUCGAAGUAAAAGAAAAUGUAAUAAAACAAUGUGGAAAUGACACAAAUUUUUGUACACCAAAUACAACGCCUCUUUGUAUGACUAAUGGAACGAUUUAUUGCAUAGCUCCAAUAUCAGCUACUUCGAAUUGUAACGCAACCUCUCUUACUCAUUUACCAUGUUUAAAUACAACCAUUUCCAUUCCGUGUGUAAACGCUUCUGAUCCUAAUUGCCAUAAUGGGGUAAUGUUAAGUGAAACGGUGGCUAUUCCUUGCGUUUCUAACAUUAGCGUUUAUGGAGAUUUCACUGGUAAUAAAUUGCAGGUGCAUACGUUUACGGCAGAUAAUUCUACGGCGGACACAACUGUUACAGGACAGGGAAUAAAAAAUAAUUUUUGCGUUACGGUUAUCGCAGAUCCUGUUAAAAUUCCAGAAAAUUUGAGUAAUCAUCAGUAUUUGUGGUUGUUGAAAAGUAGAAAAGAAUAG